AGCGCAGGUACUUAAGACGGCUCCCGCUGAAGCCUUCAUUAGUUGCCCUUUUGGUGUCGAACAGAACCACUGUGUCCACUGUCCAUCCGUGAUUUACGAAUUUUCAAUACUCAACCGCAAUGAAUACGAGUCAGAUGCACGACCUGCCUCUCAGGAAACGUGGCCGGCCUCGCGGGCACAAACGCACACCUCUCACAAAAGAACAGCAGAAGGAGCGCAACAAGUUCUACGAGGCACAGAGGCGCGCCGACAUCGCCGAGAAUUGGGCUGAGCUGGCGAAAAUGGUGGACCCUAAUAAGGAGAUCAAGCAAAUGCGCUACAAGGACGCCGCUAACUACAUCCUAGACUUGCAAGACAAAGUUCUAGCUGUGGAGAAAGAGGCGGAAAAACAGCGCGCUUACAACGGCGAGCUGCGGGCAAAAUUGGCGGAGCUGCAAAAAGUAGCUGCGUUUGACUCCGGCCCCACACAGGACUUUGGAUCAGUUCCCUUAACCGAGGAACAAAGGCUGACGUUCAGUGACAGCUGGGCAGGACUUGGGAUGCCAGAACCACAGGAUAUUGAAAUGGACAUUAGCUGCCUCCUACCACCACCAGACAACAACAUGCUCCACAACGGUGACCCUGGUAAGUCAAACAUUUAUUCCUUGACCAAUUCAAAGAAUU